AUAAGAUCUCAAAUCAGUUAACUGAGGAUGGAUGUUCAUGAUACCCAGGUACAGACUACAAAAGAAUACGUGAAACUUCGGCCUCUACCUGAAGUCUCUCUGAGGCCACAGUUUAAAAAUAGGAAACAUAUUAUCAAACAAGGUAAUAAUGAGGAAUUUGUGACUACAGAAACGGUCAACCAUUUAGGCCACUCAAUAUCUCGUCCAGCCUCCAGCAAUUCAGGCAGUUUGUGCAUCCAGCCAGACCUGCCUACAUCGUUGCAGAGCAAAGGAACGGUAGCUUGCAGAAGUAACAUAACCCAGCUUGUACCCGCAAGCGAAUCGACAACAAGCGUAACACAUUCAGCGUUUACUCGGGAGUGGAUGUAUGAUCAUCGUACACACACCUCUGUAUAUCCACAUGCACAAAUUACUAAAAAUAUGAAGGCCGAAGAUUUGUGGAUAGAUACGCUGCCGAAAGAAGGGGGCGACUAUCAGAACAACGUAAGCAGUGUGGCGAACGGUACAAAUAACAAAAGAAGCGGGCAUAUUUCAAGCGGACAGCCUUCUUACCCGGCAUCGGCUACAAGAAAAUCCGACAUGUUUCUACCUACUCUCAGGGUGUCCGAUGGAAAAGGGGGGCAUAAUAACGCUAAAGGGAAUAUUGAGGGCUCAAGUGAACAUACGAACAGCAGUCGAUCCGGAGAAGCGAGUCAUCCGAUAUCUGCCACAGAAAAAUUUUUUAGAGAAAUACAAAGUCUACUGAACAAAUUAACGACAGAGAGCCACCAUCUGGUCAAACAGCUUCAGCAAAAAUUUGCUGAAAUUGAUAGCCCCGAUACACUAACAGUGGCUAUUAAAUUGAUUCACACAAAGGCAUCUUCAGAACGUAAAUACUCUAGAAUGUACAGCGAGUUAUGUAAACGGCUAGAAGAGCAUUGCCCAGUGUUUCCAAAUCCGGACCAAAAAAAAAAAGCUGUGUCAUUUAUGAGAAUUAUGCUCAAUGAACUGCAAACGGCGUUUGAGAAGAAGGUGGGACUGCCUCCUUUGCUUGGAUCAGAAGAUGAAGACGUGUUCUACAAGAAUCGAGACCGAGUGAUGGGAAAUAUAGUUUUUAUGGGGGAGCUUUACGUACAGGGACUGAUCCCGCAGGGCCUUUUACAACGUUGCAUAAACUCCUUAAUAGAAUCUAUCAAAUGGUCGCUAGAAAAAAAACUAGCUCCGAAUUCUGAAGAACUAGCCGAAAUCGAAACCGAAUGCGAGAAGCUAAUAGCCUUGGUAACCGUUGUUGGCUCGUUCUUGAACUCGAAUGCUACAGAAUUUUCUAAUCAGGUGAUCGAAGGGAUCAAGACUUUGGCUUGCUCCGAUACUCUCAAUUUAAGGGUCCGCUUCUUGAUCCAGAACGUUAUCGAUGAUCAUAUGAAUGGGUGGAUAGAUAUCUAGAUACCGUGCGAAGACACCUGCAAUGUUAGAAGCUACGAACGACGAGGAAGACACCGAAAAGCACAUUCAUUUUUGUAGCAGGAUUCUACUUAAGACCGACGAAGAACACGACGAAAAAGAAGCAUUCAAAUAGCAAGGAACGUACAUUUAACUCCAAAGAAGAAGCUUUCCAAACUCUUCCUUGAUAAAAUUGCAGGCAGGUAGAUGGACUAGCAAUGAUAUGUACCCAUACCUCGCUCAACUCCUAAAUAAGCCAAGGAAAAGAUGACAAUCUCAACACUUUGUUAAUCAGCUAAAAAAAUGAGGCAGCGUUUUGGGAAAAACAGAUAGUUUUUGGUAGGAAGAAAAAACGGGCACCAAGAAAGUGCAACAGAACAAGUUGGCAGUUAGACUAUUGACUGCUGUAUUAAACAACGAAUGUUGACUUUGUCUGUAUCCUCCAAGUACUCUCGUCAAAUUCGGUGCCAUCUUCACCAAGACUUUUGUAUAGGUCUCCUGUAUAGUUUGUAUCUAGCCCAAAGUAAUUGAUGGUUGACCCGCCAAGCGUAACUCUAAUUACCGUAGACCUCACCAGGGUGGCCAGUAAUAAUGGCACUACCAAUGACUCAUUGACCUCAAAGCAUGUCUGUCAAAUUUCGAAACCCAAUCCAGGGCACAUUUGGCUCAUUGAAGGACGGUUGACAGCGACCAAUCCAAUUGUUACAAACACUGCUCUUUAUUAGAA